AGGAGGAGGUGCCGUCCCACAAUACCAGGCGGGAGGGCGGGUAGGCGGUUUGUAUCCGGGCUGUGAGGUGCUCGGAGCCUCCGCGGACCUUGCUGCUUCUGUGUCUUUAACGCGAGAGGAAGCGAUGCGGAGGGGUGGAAAAUGGCAGAGCUGCAGAUGUUACUAGAGGAGGAGAUCCCGUCUGGCAAGAGGGCGCUGAUAGAGAGUUACCAGAACCUGACCCGGGUGGCGGACUACUGUGAAAACAACUACAUACAGGCUACAGACAAGAGAAAAGCUUUAGAAGAGACCAAAGCCUACACAACCCAGUCCCUAGCUAGUGUUGCUUAUCAAAUAAAUGCAUUGGCCAACAAUGUACUCCAAUUGCUGGACAUCCAAGCCUCUCAGCUUCGGAGAAUGGAGUCUUCCAUCAAUCACAUCUCCCAGACGGUGGACAUUCAUAAAGAGAAAGUGGCUCGAAGAGAGAUUGGUAUUUUGACAACAAACAAGAAUACAUCAAGAACUCACAAAAUAAUAGCACCUGCAAAUAUGGAGCGACCUGUAAGGUAUAUUCGGAAACCUAUUGACUAUACAGUUCUGGAUGAUGUGGGCCAUGGUGUCAAGUGGCUAAAAGCCAAGCAUGGGAAUAAUCAGCCUGCAAGAACUGGCACACUGUCAAGAACAAAUCCUCCUACUCAGAAACCACCAAGUCCUCCUAUGUCAGGCCGGGGAACAUUGGGACGGAAUACUCCUUACAAAACCCUGGAACCUGUUAAACCCCCAACAGUUCCUAAUGACUACAUGACAAGUCCUGCUAGACUUGGAAGUCAGCAUAGCCCAGGCAGGACAGCUUCUUUAAAUCAGAGACCAAGGACACACAGUGGAAGUAGUGGGGGAAGUGGAAGUCGAGAAAAUAGUGGAAGCAGCAGUAUUGGCAUUCCCAUUGCCGUGCCUACACCUUCACCGCCCACUAUUGGACCAGAAAACAUUUCUGUCCCUCCUCCUUCUGGAGCUCCACCAGCACCACCUCUUCCACCACUUCUCCCAGGGAACACUGUGAUAGCGGCCCCGGGCUCAGCUCCUGGUUCCCAGUAUGGCACAAUGACCAGGCAGAUUUCUCGGCACAACUCUACCACUUCCUCGACAUCUUCUGGUGGAUACAGACGAACUCCCUCUGUGACUGCUCAAUUUUCUGCUCAGCCUCAUGUUAAUGGAGGUCCACUUUAUUCUCAGAAUUCAAUUUCUAUUGCUCCACCUCCUCCCCCUAUGCCUCAGUUGACUCCACAGAUACCUCUCACAGGCUUCGUGGCCAGGGUGCAGGAAAACAUUGCUGAUAGUCCAACUCCACCACCACCACCUCCACCAGAUGACAUUCCCAUGUUUGAUGACUCUCCACCUCCGCCACCACCACCUCCUGUGGAUUAUGAAGACGAGGAGGCUGCAGUAGUUCAGUAUAAUGAUCCAUAUGCAGAUGGGGAUCCUGCUUGGGCCCCCAAGAAUUAUAUUGAGAAAGUUGUGGCAAUAUAUGAUUAUACAAAAGAUAAGGAUGAUGAGCUAUCAUUCAUGGAGGGUGCAAUCAUUUAUGUAAUAAAGAAGAAUGAUGAUGGCUGGUAUGAAGGAGUCUGCAAUCGAGUGACUGGUCUGUUCCCUGGGAACUAUGUUGAAUCAAUCAUGCACUAUACUGAUUAAUUUUUUUUGCUUUUAAAGUAGAUACUUAUUAUUACUCAGUCAUAACGUGGGACUAUUAAUGGUUAACAAGAUUGUUUUAAAAUGUGCCCAUAUUUUCAGAACAUGCUGUUUUAUUGGUAUAAUUGAAUGUCUACCUGUAAGCAUAAAUCUUUUGAGGCAAUUUGUGUAUUGCUAAACAGCAAUUUAUACAAGAUGCUGUCCACAACUGAUUAUGCUUAUAUAUUUACUUACACAAUGUUAACUUUAUGACCAGCUUAAAUAUUCUGGGGAUGUGGGGUAUAAUAUUUAACAAUUCGUGAUUCAGAUUGUACCAUUACAUGUUUCAGUGCAGCAUGGUUACUAAUGCUAUGUCAGACUAAUAUUAAAAUCAGAAACUUAAAUGCUGGUGCUGGUCAUACAUUUUGUUUAGACUCCUCAUUCUUGAAAUAUAACUAUAUUUGUUCAAAGCAUGCAUACAAAUUUAUGUAUUGAAAUAUACUUUAAAAAUCCAAGAUGCUUCCGAUUUGUGUAAUAUUUUCUUGGAGUACUCGUACUUAGAUAUCUUGAAAUGAAUCGAGUCCCUAAGGUUUCCAUGUGAAACAAAACAAACAAAAAAAGGGUUACUUGUAAUGUCAUUUGUACCUGAGUUUUUUAAUGAGUGAAUUUGCAUUAUAAAUUUUUUCCAUUCAUAAAUACAUAAGUGAACCAAA